UGUGUCCAAUGUUCGUAGCUGAAACUAAAGUGCAAUAACAAUUGUAUAAAUAUUGUGAAGUGUUUACGCUGGGAGAAACUGGUUGAUAUUUUUUGUGAGCCCAGCAGUAAGUAUUCGUCCAUCACUCGAACACAACAAUGAAAAGUUUACUGUUGGUCAUCGGAUUUAUUAACUUCUCACCGGUGGCGCCGUUCUUUGGACUCAAUGUCCAAGGUGGGUUCAAAACGGAAACGGACAUCUCGACAGCGGCGCUGGCCAUAACGAAACCAUUUGCAUCGUUGAAAACUCCAAUAGCAAAUCUGAAUAAAAGUUUACCACUCAGCACGGUUACACUGGACGAUGCCGCCAUGGGAAUAACAUUCCUCUACAACGGACUAGUGGGUCCGAUCGAUAGUUUUGUGCAAGUUAUUGCGGAUUGUGCCCUCGAUAAAUCUACGUUUUCUACUUUUCUGUUUGACCGAAUUUUUGUGACAUUAUUUGUUGCAGAACAGUUCUUGGACGAUACGGCACAAUACCUCAGUAUGGUGGUGGCCUUUUCUCCAACUACAGGGGGAGACAUUAAGGCACAGUUUGGUGAAAUUGAAGUUAUUGUGCAUGAUUUAUCUUCAACCAUGGGUGUGUUUGAGGAAGCUGUAGCGUCUAUCAGGUCCAAUGCUCAAAUCACACCGAAUACUAUUUAUAGCGUUCUUAACAAGUUUCGAUUGGCUAAUUUGAUUGGAGCACUGGAUGCAUUCAGCUAUCAGAUGAAUAUUUUGAAAGGUCAAAUGGCUGAUGUGAUAUCAAUUAUCAUGACAGCAGAUGGUUUCAUGAGUAGUUAUACUACAACAUUGACUUCGGCUUUCGCCUCACUGGAUACAUCUCUGAGCAACUCCUACAAUACCAUCACGAAUGCAGGCAGUGCGUUCGUCAAGCAAAUCUUCAGCACCGUUACUCAAUUGUCCACGACCGUGGAUAGCUUUCAGAACCAGAUCAGAGCUUUCACUGAUGACAUUAUCAAACCGAACUCCACGGCUAUCAUAUCUCUCACAAACGAGCACACAUUUUUCUAUAACUACUUCAUGGACGUCCUGCGACCAAACUCCGAAGAAGAGUUCAACAGCGUUGCCUACAUGAUAACCGAUUCCGUCCAAACAGCUGCCAAAGACAUUUUGUACAACGCUUAUCAAACCUUAAAUAACGCAAUGAGGAACCUCCCAGCGACAGCGUCAACGUGUGUCAAUACAUAUCUCACGCCUAUGGUCAACUCGAUAUCCUCAAACAUCCCAACCAUGGGAUCCUGUCUCAACCUCGUGGACCCUACCUCGGUAGCCAAUGAUCAAACAGCACUUCUGAACAAGCUCCUAGCCGAUCGCUUAUCUUACGUUACGGCAUGGACAAACGCAAUCAGCGGAGUGACAUCCAACAGCGCUGCCAGCGUUCGUAAAACUGCUACCCUUAAGCUUCUAACUGUAAUGUCCACAAUUCAACAACAAACAAGAAUACCUAACUCGCGUUUCUUACGAUCUUUCCAGGAAACCCCUUCGGGCAACAUCGACGUCCACCAGCCGGCCCUAGCCACUUCCUACAGCAUUUUUGCCCAGCUGGUAUCCAAUUUCAACAGCCGCCAGAACCGUGUCAUCAUGUGUUUAACCCUGAAGGGUGUCGACCUGUCGGCGAUGGUGAUUUCGGCAUCCAAUGGGUACUUUGGUUGCAUCAGAGGUUAUUGAUAAGCGCAAUCUUUGACAUGUUGCGGGCCGGAAUUUUUCGAUAAGAGAAGCAAUAAACCGGUCGAUUCCCAGUAGGUAUGGUUUUCCAGUUUUUUUUUUGUGUGUUCUCGGCCGGUCAGCGUGGACAACGUGUCGAAUGUUGAACAGAAAGGCAGGUUAUCUUUGCUAUUGGUUUCCGAUUGGCAAGGGGGUCGUUUUUACAAAAAAUACUUACGCGGAAAAGAGUGACAGUUUACUGAAAGCCAUUUCUCCAAAAUUACAACUGUUUUCUUUAGGGAGAAUUCCACCCUGCGAAUCUUUUGUGGGUCAUUGUUAUUAUCCGACAUUGUAUAUUUUUUCUAAUGAAGCAUUCCUGACAACACAAAAAUGUGCAUUCGCUAAAAUGGAGUACAACCCCUGGGUUGUUUCGAUUAAAUGCGUCUCUAUGUAGAAUCGAUUAUGAUAAGCCUUUGAUAAUGUGGGAAAACCGAUACAACUGGUGGGUGGCGGUAAAAAUAAUGGCAAUUGAACCCCUCCUGAAUGAUAAGCAUGCCUUAUCGAGAAGCCAUAGCUGAAUAUCACUAGUUAAGUCAACAAAAACAUUGCCAGUCGCUUCCCAACUCUCGUUCAAGCCAGUUGUGUCUCGCUUCUAUCUAGUUCAUCUAGUCUUCAGUUGAGUGCGGCGUUUUUAUGAAAUGUCAAUUUCUUGAUUUUGCUUUGGCUGACCAAGCCAUGUGGGAAAUUACACUGUUGAAAAUGCUUUGACAUCCAUGUGCACAACAGAACAUGUGCUCGAUGAACAAAUUGAGAUUUGAAAUUAUGAAAAGAAAUCCACGUUUUUAUGAAAGGUUAACGCAAGGUCGUUUCGAGUGAAUAUUUUCAAAGCUAAGUACCACAUCAUUGUUUUCCCUAUUGUCGCCGGUUCGCAUUGUUCCGUAGCUUGUUAUUGGCUGCUCGGGAUUAGCCUCAGUAGCCAAACAUGGACGGAAACGAGGAUGCGUCCUCUGAGAUUAUUCUUAAUGCAGACAGAACGCCCUCCGUUGCACCAAACGUCGAACUCCAGCUUAAGAAUCCUCAGCCUACUGAUUCUCGCCAUCGAUUUUAUCGGACUUCAGCAAAAGGUCCCUAUGAAGUAUUCCUGCGGCAGAAAGACAAGCCGAUUAACGUUCUUUUGAUUUCUGCGGAACUUUACAGCAACUUCAAAACGGUAAAGGAAGUCCGAAAGAUUGCUUUUAGCAAAGUUCGCGCUGUCUUUACAAGUCGGGAGGAGGAGGCAAACAAAGUUGCUCUUAAUGAACUCCUAGCUCGUCUUUAUCGGGUAUAUGUGCCAUCUAACCUCGUGGAGAUCGAUGGCGUGAUUCAGGAGGCUGACAUGGAUUUGGAGCGCCUCCGAGAGGAGGGCGUAGGGAAAUUCAAUGACCCCCGCAUUUCUCCGGUUACAGUACUGGAAUGUACGCAGCUAACAGCUGCAACAGAAGAUGCGAAUGGAAAGUCCUUCAAGCCGUCCGAUUCGAUUCGUGUGACAUUCGAAGGAACCAUUCUACCAGACUACCUCGAAAUCUGUCAGGCAAUUAUUCCCGUUCGUAUGUAUUCCUCCAAGCCCAUGCUCUGCAAUAAAUGCAAGCGGUAUGGGUACACGGAGAGACUCUGUGCCAACAAAGCUCGCUGCGGCAAGUGUGGCAAGUCUCACCUCGAUAUAGCAUGUCCAAUUCAAGAAAACAUCUGUCUUCAUUGCAAAAACAGCCACGAAUCGAAAAGAGAGUGCCCUGCCUACAAAAAACGUGCUAAGUUUGCCGCAGCACGAAUCUGGCAAAAGCCGAAGCUGAGUUAUGCAGAAAUUGUUAAUCUGCCUAGCUCCGAUUUUCGCCAUGAAAACCCAUAUGAAUCCCUCAGUGAUCUGUCGGAUAUUGAUGAAAAUGAAUCGGAAUCAGUCUGUAGUCGACCAGAAUCCCUCAAGCGCAAAAAAAAAAUGCUCGCCCAAGAAAAUCCAAGAGGUCGAGGUCCUCGGAUUAUCAACAGAAACCCAAGGGUAAUGUGCAGGUUCAGAACUCCUCUUUUGGUCAAACGUCAACGCCUCAUUUGAAUGCAGUCCCAUCUUCUUCGCGUCAGCACGUCUCUGUCAAUGCCUUUCCUCCAUCGUUUGAUUAACCAUCAACUUCUCGCCAAUCGCAGCUCGCUCGUAAGCAGCCAGACUUCCACUUCAAAGAUUCUGAUUUUCCUGCCCUCUCAGGUGUAUCCGGUGGCCCAUCAUUUUUCAGGACAGUUCCUAACACAUCGAAGAAUGCAGAAAAUCCCUCUCAAACUGUUGGCCUAACAGUUACACAGAUUAUCAAACUAAUUUCGGAGAUAUUUCAGCUUACUCCGGCUUGGACGAAAACUGGAUUCCCGUUUUGAACAUCCUUUUGAAAAAGCUAAUUUCAUCCUGGCCACUCCUUGGACUGUUGGUUUCCAUCGAUGGCUAAUGUACAUCCGAAUAAGAAGUUUUCUCUGUUCCAGCGGAACUGCCGUAGCAUUCUGCCAAAGAUAGCGAAUUUGAAAUGUUUUUUACUAAAACUUAAUGUUGAUUGUUUUGCGCUCUCUGAAACCUUUCUUACACCUGAAUGAAGCUUCAAUCUCCAGCACUACAACAUUCUUCGAUCUGAUCGAGAUGUAAGAGCUGGAGGAGUUAUGCUAGGGAUAAAGAAUUGCUAUUCAUUCCAUCGUAUAAAUCUACCAAAUCUGAGUCCAAUUGAAGUCGUUGCUGCUGAGAUUGAAAUUGAAAAUCAAACUUUUGUUAUAGCUUCCGUGUAUAUUUCUCCAUCAUCGAACUUGAACCCAAGUGUUUUGAGAAGACUAGUCACAUGCACAUCCAGUAUUUAUUCUAGGAGUUUUUAAUGCCCAUGGCUGUGCAUGGGGCGAAGAUAAAGAUGACGGUAGAGCGAACAUGCUCUACGACGUUAUAGAUGAAUUCCACUUAUCAGUGUUAAAUACUGGAGAAAUAACACGCAUUGCAUGUCCCCCGUUUCACAACAGCAGAGUGGACAUUUCAUUAUGUUCAUCUAGGUUCUCUCUAAAUUGCGUCUGGUCAGUAGUAAAUGAUCCUGCAGGUAGUGAUCAUCUACCAAUUCACAUAACGUUCAGUACAAAAUCCGCAACUGAUCUGACAAUAUCUUAUGGUUUGACUAAAACAUUGAUUGGGAGAAAUACUCAACCAUUGUUUCGAUGGAAAUUGAAAACUGUCUAGUAGAGGAAGCGGAUGUGCAUGAGUUUCUUACAACCCUGAUUUUAAAGGCGGCCGAAAAUUCGCAAACCAAACCAAUCCCCUCUUCAUUAUCAAAAAUUAGAUCCCCUACGAUUUGGUGGGACAAAGAAUGUGCAGAGAUUGUUAAACAGAGAUCAGAGGCUUUUAAGAAGUUCAGGAAACUGGGGCGAAUCCAUGAUUUUUUAAACUAUAAAAAACUAGAAGCAAAGAGCAAAAUGAUACUCAAAGCUAAAAAACGCAACUUUUGGAAGCAAUUUGUAGAGUCCCUUACAACGGACACUGCUAUGCCAACUUUGUGGCAGGCGGCACGUAGAUUGAGAAAUUUCAAUCCGAAUACGACAGAUCUACAUGAUUUUAAUGCGGAUUGGAUCGACCAAUUUGCUGAAAAUGUUAGUCUGUGCUUUGUUCCAAAUGAAAAACCGAUAUUCAAUGAAAUUAGCCCAUCCGCAGUAGACUUAAUCGCAGAUUUUGGAUUGACAGAUUUGGAAAAUGCCCUAGUAUCGUGUAAUAAUUCUUCACCUGGAAUGGAUGGAAUCAAAUUUUCCCUUCUGAAAAACCCACCUCCGCUAAACAGCUCCUGCUUCGAUCGUAUAACUGGAUCUUUCAGAACAAAUCCAUCCCUGCUACCUGGCAAGACGUAAAGGUAGUGGCGAUUCUUAAACCUGGCAAAGAGUCCGGUAUUUCACAAUCCUAUCGCCCUAUAGGUCUGCUCUCAUGCACUCGAAAAGUUUUGGAGAAGAUGAUACUCGUUCGGCUCGAGUUUUGGGCCGAAAAACAUCAGUUAUUGUCCCCGACACAAUACGGUUUUCGCCAAGGAAAGGGAACCAGAGAUUGUCAAGCUUUAUUUGCUACAGAUAUUCAGAUUGCCUUUCGAUCGAAACAAGCUUUAACUGCCGUUUUUCUUGAUAUUAAAGGAGCUUAUGACUCAGUCCUUAUCGACAUUUUAUGCCAAAAAUUAUGUGUUCUCGGAAUUCCAGCAAGAUUAGCCGAGUUUUUGUUCGAUCUCCUGUCCCUUAAGGUUAUGCACUUCUUUCAAAACUUCCAAAUCAAACACGUCCGUAACUCAUUUUCUGGUUUAACACAAGGUUCAUCUCUUAGUCCACUGUUGUAUAAUCUUUACACCAGGGAUAUAGACAACUGCAUUGAAAGUGGGUGCGUCUUAGUGCAAUACGCUGAUGAUGCAUGUUUGUGGGCUUCUGCCAAGGACGUUAAACUUUCCAAGCGACCCCUUCAGAUUUGUUUGAAUAAACUCACAACUUGGGCAAGUGACUUAGGACUGGAAUUCUCUGCUUCAAAGACGGAAUUCGUUAUUUUUUCUAACAAACGGUUGUUAUCUCCAGUGCAAUUUCAUAUGUACGGUGUUCAGUUAUCUCAGAGUCUCUCGUAUAUGUAUCUCGGAUUAUGGUUCGCUUCGAAGUGUACGUGGAAAGUUCAUGUUCAGUAUGUUGUACGGAAAUGUCAACGGCGUAUACAUUUUUUACGUACCAUAGCAGGAACAUGGUGGGGGGCCCACCCAUCGGAUAUGAUAAAAUUGUAUAAAACAACGAUUCUAUCGGUAAUUGAAUACGGCUCAUUCGUUUUUCACAUGACAGCUAAGACACAUUUUAUUAAACUCGAAAGAAUUCAGUUCAGAUGUUUAAGAAUCUGCCUAGGUUUGCUGAACUCUACGCACACCCAGUCUGUUGAAGUGAUAGCUGGUGUGAUUCCUCUGAACAUUCGCUUCUUUGAAUUGAAUUGCAGAUAUUUAACGAGUUCCCAUGUAGCAUCCACACAAUUUAUGACACAAUUAGACGAACUGUUUAGAAUCCACCCACAGUCGAGUUUUCUCCGAUCAUACAGAGAGUGUCUCGUGUUACCAACAUCCCCCUGCUUAGAUAACUUUUACGGUUACAAUGUUCCGGCGCGCCCUUGUCAAUUGAAUGUCAAUACCUCUCUUGUUCAGAAUUUGGCAAACCUUCCGAAACCUUUACUACCAGUUCAGGUAAAACAGUCAUAUAUGGAAGCUUUAUCAAAUAUCAAUGCGGAUGCAACGUUUUUUACUGAUGGAUCUCUGGAGGCGAAUAGCUGUGGAUUUGGAGUUUACAAUUCAAAUCACCAAGUAUGUUAUCAAUUAGAGACACCGUGUUCAAUUUAUACAGCCGAAUUGUUAGCUAUCAAAUACACAGUUGAUUAUAUAAAAACUCUUGCUCCUAGAAAUUACUUGAUUUGUUCGGAUAGUCUUAGCUCUCUAGAAGCGCUGAAAAAUAUUGGGGUAGGUCUUGCAUAUAAAGGACGCAGUAGCGAGUCUUACAAAGGACCGAUAUGUUAUUACAUUUUUGUGGGUACCAUCGCAUUCUGGGAUUGAGGGUAAUGAAUUUGCAGAUACACUUGCCAAACAUGGAUCUCAUUAUGGCGAAAUUUACCACCAUAUUCCAGCCACCCAAGAUUUUCAUCCUUUAAUCAGACAGAUGUCUUUAACGUCCUGGCAAGAAAGUUGGUCUAACAGUGAAUUGGGAAGAUACUGCUUCAGUAUUUUACCUAACGUUAGAUUAUCUUCGUGGUUUUCAGCUUUGCAGUGCAACAGACUCUUCAACAAAAAUAUGUCGCGUCUGAUUUCGAACCAUUACACACAAAACGCAUCUCUUUUCAGAGUCAAUAUAGUCAACUCUAACGUUUGCGACUGUACCAAGGAUUACGGAGACAUUGAUCACGUUAUUUGGCAAUGUGAGAAAUACGAAGAAAGAAGGCUCGAUAUGCUACGAGAACUCGAACGGAACAACCGAUCACCACAAUCCAUACGAGAUGUGUUAGGACAAAUGGAUACAGAUAUGAUGAAAAUCAUCAACAAUUUUAUUGUGAAUUCAAAAAUUCAGUUAUAAUUAAUUAAUUACAUUAUUUUUGUUUUUUUUUAGCAACUAAAACUAACAAAAAUACUUUUUGUAAAAAGAAUAUGUAAAACUAACAAGAUAUAUCGGCUCCGAUAAGGUAUUCCAAAGAGCCUAAUAAUCUAGUUUGUAAAAAAAACAAAAACAUUGAACAGAAUAAUAAUUCAAAAUAAAACCCUCAGUACUCAACAACUCGGAGUUUUGAUUCAUUUUCCUCAAAAGUCCAACAGUCCGUCGUCAAUAUUAUCAUCAUUAUUAAAAAAUCGAGAGCAGUUGUCUCGUAUAAAACUGAAAUUAAGCUGUGAAAAAAUAUUGAUGGUGGCCAGAGUGAUGAAUGAAACACAGUGAACA